AUGGCCUGGCAGGACGCCGCGGUAUCAGCACUCUCCAUCAUCUUUCUCAUCUUCCACGCCAUCUACGCAGCACUCACUGCAUCACUCACCGCAAUCGCCCGCUUUGGCCUGGACCUGCUGCGUCUUGCAUCAUGGCCGAUAUCAGCUUUCUAUAAUGCCCUGCUCUUCGUGUUUGCGCCGGUGAUAUACACCGUACGGUUUAUUCUCUCCCCAUUCAUCUUCGUUUUCAACAGGCUCCCAAGGCUCGAGCCAUUAUACAUCUACUUCGGCUCCGCCGCCUUCGUGGGGGUCAUCUUCGGCCUCAUCCUCAUGCUUACCUCAAGCAGCAUGUUCGCCAUCCUCGGCCUCUACGACAGCCCCGACGAGGAGAAGGCCCGGGGCAGGUCCCACGGCAACAGGCUCCCGCCCUCACCAUACAUCGGUGGCGGCGAUGAGGAGGAGGCCGGGUUCCACCGCCAGCGGCCGACCACCCCGCUCCUGGACAGCAGCGAGCAGGAGAAGCUCGACGCCUUGCUGUCGAACCUCAGCUCCCCGGACUCGGAUCUUGGUAGCCUAGCCGUGCAGGGCUGGCGGGACGGCCCCAACAUCAAGAGGAAGAGGAGGUCAGCCGCGGCGUCUCGCAUUGGGACCAUUCUGGAAGAAGAGGACGACUCGUUUUGA